UGGCGAAAAAAACCAGAUUUCAAAUUUCACUUCACUUUAAUUCCCUAUGCUUUCUCCAUUAUUUAUAGUGUCUAAGCUCUGUACAACUUGCAGAUCUCUCUCUCUCUCUCUCUCUCUCUCUCUCUCAAAAAAUGGUGGCGAAAACCAGUCCAUUUCCCUUUAUCUUCUUCCUUCUCACUCUUCUCCCUCUCUCCACCGCCUUCUCCGAUUUCCAAACCCUAGUCCCCAGACCUCUUCCCACUUCACCUUCCUUCUUAGCCCCGGAAUCCACUGAGGGUUCCGACUCCUUCUCAUCUGAGGCCACAGAAUCGGAGCCUGGUUUAGCAUUGCACCUUCACCAUUUGGACUCCCUCUCUCUCAGCCGAACGCCGGAGGAGCUCUUCCAUCUCCGCCUUCAAAGGGACGCUCUCCGAGUCAACAAGCUCAGUUUACUUGCUGCUGCCUCUCGAAAUGUGAGCCGAGCGAGUGGGACUGGGUUCAGUAGCUCCGUGAUCUCCGGACUCGCUCAGGGCAGCGGUGAGUACUUCACGCGCAUCGGCGUCGGCACUCCGCCCAGGUAUGUUUACUUGGUGCUCGACACCGGCAGCGACAUAGUUUGGCUACAGUGCGCUCCUUGCAAGAAUUGCUACUCUCAGACCGACCCGGUUUUCGACCCGGUUAAGUCUGGAUCCUUCUCCAAGGUUCUCUGCCGGACGCCGCUGUGCGGCCGGCUCGAAUCUCCGGGGUGCAACCAGCGGCAGACGUGUCUCUACCAAGUUUCUUACGGCGACGGUUCCUACACCACCGGCGAGUUCGUCACCGAAACCUUGACCUUCCGGCGCACAAAAGUGGAGCGCGUAGCCCUAGGUUGCGGCCACGAUAAUGAGGGAUUGUUCGUUGGUGCGGCUGGGCUUUUAGGGCUGGGCCGGGGAGGGUUGUCGUUUCCUUCGCAAACCGGCCGGGCUUUCAACCAGAAAUUCUCCUACUGCUUGGUGGACCGGUCCGCCUCUUCCAAACCGUCCUCCGUCGUGUUCGGCAACUCCGCCGUGUCUCGAACCGCCCGGUUCACUCCUCUCCUCACAAACCCCAGACUGGAUACGUUUUACUACGUCGAACUUCUAGGGAUCAGCGUUGGAGGUAGGCCCGUCUCCGGCAUCUCCCCUUUACAUUUCAAGCUCGAUUCGACCGGUAAUGGCGGAGUCAUCAUCGAUUGCGGUACUUCUGUGACUCGGUUGAACCGACCGGCGUACAUUGCCCUCCGUGACGCCUUCCGUGCUGGAGCUUCGAGUUUGAAAUCGGCGGCGGAGUUUUCUCUCUUUGAUACUUGCUACGACCUGUCCGGGAAGACGACGGUGAAGGUCCCAACGGUGGUGCUGCAUUUCAGAAACGCCGAUGUGUCGUUACCGGCGUCCAACUAUCUGAUCCCGGUCGACGGCAGCGGGCGAUUCUGCUUCGCCUUCGCCGGAACGACCAGUGGGCUGUCGAUCAUCGGCAACAUUCAGCAGCAAGGAUUUCGGGUGGUGUACGAUUUGGCAGGUUCUCGGGUGGGAUUCUCUCCUCGUGGUUGCGCCUAGUUUCGUCGAGGCAACGAAACGCGGUGGCCGGGGAAAUCCUCGGCCGCAAAACAAAACCCUUCCCCCGGAUGAAAAAAAGAAAAAGAAAAAAGGGUAAGCAAAGAUGGAGCCCUGGGGAGAAGAAAAAGGAGAGUCCAACGGCGUCGUUUAGCUUUGACUAGUUUAAUAUUGAUUUGGUUUUUGUACGUCUUUGUGUUUUCCUGUGCUUAUUUUAAUAAAUUUAUGUAUGGGAAUUUAUUUAACUCAAUUAUCAAGGAUGCAUAUUUAUA